AUGUCAUUUUUCGGCCUUGGGCAGUCCGCCGAAAUCUCCAUCAACUUGGAUGAUGCCGACGCCAGGAAACUUGCAAAAAUCAGAGCGGAAGAUGGAACCACCGAGACGCACUAUUUAUUCUACGAUGGUGAAACUGUAUCCGGACAGGUCAACAUCAACCUGAAGAAGCAGAACCAGAAACUUGAACACCAAGGCAUCCGCAUCGAGUUCAUUGGUCAGAUCGAGGUUUAUUACGAUCGCGGCAAUCAACACGACUUCAUCAGUCUGACAAAAGACCUCGCUCGCCCAGGAGACAUGAUGCAGAAUACUUCUUUUCGAUUUGAAUUUCCCCAUGUCGAGAAGCCAUACGAGUCUUAUGUUGGCACGAAUGUCAAAUUACGAUAUUUCCUGCGCGUGACUAUCAUCCGAAGGUUUACUGACAUCGUACGUGAGAUGGACCUGAUUGUUCACACUCUGAGCAGCUACCCGGAAACCAAUGCGAACAUCAAAAUGGAGGUGGGAAUAGAGGACUGCCUACACAUCGAAUUCGAAUACAACAAAUGCAAGUACCACCUGAAAGAUGUAAUUGUUGGCAAAAUAUAUUUCCUGCUUGUGCGCAUCAAGAUCAAGUAUAUGGAGCUGUCGAUAAUCAAAAAGGAAUCCGUCGGUACUGGCCCAAACGUGUUUAACGAAAGCGAAACAAUCGCGAAGUAUGAAAUUAUGGAUGGCGCGCCAGUGAGAGGUGAAUCGAUCCCGAUUCGGCUGUUUUUGGGUGCCUACGAUCUGACGCCGACCAUGCGUGAUGUCAGCAAAAAGUUCAAUGUCCGCUAUUUUCUGAACCUGGUGCUGGUGGAUGAGGAAGAUCGGCGGUAUUUUAAACAGCAGGAAGUCACAUUGUGGAGGAAGCCCGACCGGUUGCCGCGCCGAAACGUUGACGUGGAGACUGUGGUUGUGCGGAAGCAGUUAGACGUUGACGAGAAUGGAGAGCCGAUUGAGUCGGACAUCGCGGACAAGGAUGGCCCAGACACCAAUGGAGAUGCCGUUGCUGAACAAAUCGAU